UGUUUUUCUUAAAAGCUUAUCUCUAUUGUUUUUCCUUUUACUUAAAACCCUUUGAGUCGACUCGGACGAGUUGUCUCAAGCCCGAGAUUCUUCUUUAACCCUCAAACUCAGUUCACUUUUUCAUAGAGCUAGUUUAAAUUGGAAGCUCAAGUUCAAGCUCCAUCAGUCUGUUCAAUUUCUUUCCCUUUAUUAAGGGUAUAUUUAAUUUUAUUUUUGUUAUUUUUGUUAUACUACAUAAGCAUAUGGGGUUUGUUGGGUUGAUGUGAAAUUUGUGAGUCUGCCCAAAGAAAAAUUAGUAUUAUUGGGUUGAAGAAGAGAAAAAAAAAAGGUUUGUUCCUUCUGGGUUUGUUUAUGUCUCGGAAACUAGAGAGUCCUGUUCAGACCCAGAUGGCAGUUUCAUUGAUGAGGAGCCCUCUUGGGAGGGAGUACCAUGGGAGUCAGAGCCAGAGCCAGAGGCAGCCUGCUGGUAGGAGACGCGUGUUCAUCCAAACUGAUAAGGGCUGUGUUCUUGGCAUGGAAUUGGAUCGUGGUGAUAAUGUACAUACUGUCAAAAGGAGGCUGCAACUUGCUCUUAAUGUCUCUGUUGAAGAAAGUUCUCUUACUUUUGGUGAUAUUGUGUUGAAGAAUGACCUUAGUGCCAUUAGGAAUGAUUCGCCGCUUUUACUCACAAGGAAUCUUAUCCAUAGAAGUUCAUCUACUCCUUGUUUGUCCCCAAAUGGAAGGGAUAUCCAGCAAAGGGAUAAAAGUGGUCCUAUUGAGAUAUUGGGACAGUCCAAACGUCUUGAUAUAAUGAAACACAUGGUUAAGGAAAUUGUGAAGGCGAUUAAUAUGGGGAUAGAUCCAGUUCCUGCUACGGGUGGGCUUGGAGGUGCAUAUUAUUUUAGGGACUGUAAUGGGGAUAGUGUUGCUAUUGUGAAACCGACAGAUGAGGAGCCUUUUGCGCCAAAUAACCCUAAAGGUUUUGUUGGUAAAGCUCUUGGGCAGCCGGGGUUGAAACGAUCUGUUCGGGUUGGGGAGACGGGUUUUAGGGAGGUUGCGGCUUAUCUUCUUGACUAUGAUCAUUUUGCAAAUGUGCCUCCUACUGCCUUGGUUAAGGUUACUCACUCAAUCUUUAAUGUCAAUGAUGAGGUCAAUGGGAAUUGUUUUCGGAGAAAGAGAUUGGUUAGCAAGAUUGCUUCUUGUCAGCAGUUCAUACAUCAUGAUUUUGAUGCCAGUGAUCAUGGUACAUCAAGCUUCCCGGUUGCUUCGGUGCAUCGUAUAGGGAUAUUAGAUAUUAGGAUUCUUAACACGGACAGGCAUGCUGGAAACUUGUUAGUUAGAAAAUUUGGUAAUGGCAUUGGGACUUUUGGUCAGGUGGAGUUGAUUCCUAUUGAUCAUGGGCUUUGCCUGCCAGAAACUUUGGAGGAUCCUUAUUUUGAGUGGAUUCAUUGGCCUCAAGCUUCGAUUCCGUUUUCUGAGGAAGAGCUUGCCUACAUUCGCGAUCUAGACCCUGUUCGCGACUGCGAGAUGCUUCGUAUGGAGCUGCCAAUGAUUCGAGAGGCCUGUUUGAGAGUGUUGGUGCUCUGCACUAUUUUUCUCAAGGAGGCUGCUGAAUCUGGUCUCUGUCUUGCUGAAAUUGGCGAGAUGAUGACUCGUGAGUUCCACAGAGGUGAGGAGGAGCCCAGUGAUCUUGAGGUUGUUUGUUUGGAGGCAAGAAAGAUGUUGACUGAGCGGGAGGAAAUAUCUCCAAGGACUGAUGUGUUAGACGAUGAAUUCUUGUUCGAUAUCGACUGUGAUGAAGGUGGACCCGCGGGUUUCACACCAAAGAUGUCAUUGUCAAUGGAUGAUCCUCUCCUCAGAGCAACUUUUCAACAUACUCUUGGGAAUGGACAUACUCGCAGCCCACUUUCCAAAUUAGAUGAGAGCAUUGAAGAGGAGGAGGAGGGAAGUGAUGAAGAAUCUCCUCAGGCUCGAGAAAAAGUUCCAUCUAUUCCGGAGAUUACUGUUUCGCUGAAAAAUACUAUGUUAGCCGAGAAAAAGCAGAAACACUCUGGAGGAAAACCGGAAAAUGGCUACUCUGUGAAUACAUCAUCUAGCCAUAGGAGUGCGAAUGAGCAGCUUCCUACAAGUGUAAGCUUUGUGAAGGUUGACAAUAUGACUGAAGAUGAAUGGACCUUAUUUUUGGAAAAGUUUCAAGAGUCGCUGUAUCCAGCAUUUGCCAAGAGGAAAUCCAUAACUUUAGGCCAGAGGCAGAGACAGAGGCUCGGUACUUCGUGCCAGUUUUGAAGUUGAGCAUAUGUUGGUUUAUGAUGGAGAGAGCUAUAGAACAAAGAGUUAUGCCCUUUGGCUGCAAUAGAGGAUUGUUAGAAAUGGUUCUUGUUGAGAUUUGGAUGAAGUUAGGAAGAAUAAGAACCACUGUAAAUAGGCUUAAGCUUCGAGCCUUGUAGUUGUUUGCCUCUUGAUUUUAUGAUUUCAUUUCUUCUUUUUUUUUUCUUUGUUUUUCACCCUUUCUGUUUCUCUUUAACUUGUCGGAUAAAUAAUUUGUAGGGUAAAUUUGUGAAGUAAAAUUUAUGUAUAUUAUAAUGAACGAGAUGUAAUCUUUUUAACAUGUAGAUUUGUUGUUGGAAUGCCACA